AAUUAUACUAUACAUAUAUUAGAGCUCUUGAUAGUAGGAAUUGUUUUUUUUUUUUAAAUACGGUAGAGGAAAUUAUCGUUGAUGUUAAAUUUUAAACGAAAGUUAACGAUCAUGGAUAAUAUCAGCUUUGACCUAGCUGAGAAAGAUAAUCCCAGGAAAAAGAUGCCCUGGUAUCAUGCAUUCAGCUUCCUUUUUCUAUGGGCCGCACUAUUCUUUGCUGUGGUCUUUCCGCUCUACAACGUUUUGCCCAUUUCGGUGAAUAUUGAUGAAGAGAUUUUCAAGCCAGGUCAGUUUGUCGCGGAGCGUGCCCAGCACCUCUUACUGGAACUGGAUCGUCUGGGACCGAAAAUCAUCGGCGAUGUGGUGAACGAGAAGACAAUGAUUGAUUUCUUGCUCAGGGAAAUGGACAUCGUACAUAGAGUAAUGCGUCACGAUCUCUACGACUUGGAGGUAGAUGUCCAACAGGUGUCUGGCUCUUAUCUGCAUUUGGAGAUAGUCCGAAUGUAUCAGGCAGUGCAAAAUGUGGUCGUCAAGCUGAGCUCAAAGAAAUCCAACAGCACAUCCUAUCUGCUCGUCAACAGUCACUACGAUACCAAGCCAGGUAGUGUGGGUGUGGGGGAUGCUGGUUCCAUGGUCGUUACUAUGCUGGAGGUGCUGCGCCAACUGGCCACAUCUAGCGAUCCGUUCGAGCAUCCAAUUGUUUUUCUCUUCAAUGGUGCUGAAGAGAGCUCACUGCAAGGAGCGCACGGGUUCAUCACUCAGCACAGAUGGUCCCCCAGCUGCAAGGCAUUCAUUAAUCUGGAUUCUGUUGGUUCUGGUGGGCGUGAGAUACUCUUUCGAGGUGGUCCGAACCAUCGGUGGCUAAUGAGCCACUACAAAGCCGCCGCAAAGCAUCCGUUUGCAACAACAAUGGCUGAGGAAAUAUUCCAGACUGGCGUUAUAAAGUCCAAUACGGACUUUAAAAUCUUUCGUGAUUUUGGUCGUCUGCCUGGUCUGGAUAUGGUGAUUCAGUACAAUGGCUAUGUUUAUCACACAAAAUACGAUCGUUUCGAGUUCAUAACCCGAGAGUCACUGCAAAACACAGGCGACAAUGUGCUCUCCCUGGUCAAAAGCCUAAGCAAUUCAAAAGAGAUGCAGUUCACCCAGCAGACACAGUCAAACGGGGAGUCGGUUUACUUUGAUUUCUUGGGUCUGUUUUUCGUCACCUAUCCGGAGUACGUAGCCAUGGUGGUGAACACAAUCGUUUGCGGCGGUGGCAUUGUCCUAUUGUAUAUUUCUUUAUGGUACGUGUCGAAGAAACUUGAUUAUCAAGUUGCCGCCGUGGCCGUUGAGUUCGGCAGUCUGUUUCUAUUGGAGUUGGUUUCGAUUUUCCUGGCUGUGGGCUUGCCAAUGCUAAUGGCGAUAUUCUAUGAUGCGGGCAAUCGCACGAUGACCUACUUUACCAACAGUUGGCUGGUAGUCGGGCUCUUCAUCAUUCCAUCGGUAAUCGGUCUGGUAUUGCCACUAACGCUCUACCUCGUCAUCAAUCGUAGCGAUAAGAUACCACACAGCUAUCGUUUGCAAAUGGCCAACCACGCCCAUUGUCUAUUCAUUGCUCUGUUGUGCAUUAUUUUAACCAUUUUCAGUGUUCGCAGCGCUUACAUCUUGAUGAUCUCUGUGCUCUUCUAUGUGGCAGCAUUGAGCAUCAAUUUGAUCACCAAGCUGCAUGAUCGCGGUUACUUUUGGUCGCUUGUGCUAUGCACCUGUCAACUUAUACCUUUCCUUUACUUCAGCUAUUUGUUUUACGCAUUUCUUAUCAUCGCCAUUCCAAUGACAGGCCGCAAUGGUACCGAGACGAAUCCGGAUGUGGUAAUUGCCUUCCUGUGUGCUUUGGGCACGAUAAUGGCACUGGCUUUCUUGGUGCCACUCAUCAAUGUGUUCCGUUAUCCUAUUAUAAUAAUAGGGGGCUUGACGUGCAUAACCUUUAUAUUUUGCAUGAUAUCUGUUUCGGAGAUGGGUUUCCCCUAUCGCCCUAGAACGAAUGUGAUGCGCGUUAACUUUUUACAAGUGCAUCGGAAGUUCUUUAAGUACAAUGGCUCCGUCAGUGAAGAGGAUUCCGGUUACUACAUCGCCCUUCAGGACCGUCGUAGGGAACAGCCGCUGCGCGAGAAGCUAGACUUAACUGGCCUUUUGCACAUAGAAAACAUCUGCGACAAUCUAAUGAAUUGCGGUGUCCCCAGCUUCGGUCAAGGCUGGAGCGGCGGCCGUUGGCUGCCACGCAAGGCACCCGUCACAGUGCCCGGAGUCACCACACUUGAACUACUAAGCAAGACAAUACUGGAGAGCAACUAUUCGAUUCGAUAUUAUUUCAAGCUAACAGGGCCCGCCCACAUGACCAUAUUUGUGAAUCCCUUGGAUGGCGUCAGAUUGGUAGACUGGUCAUUUCUGCGAGGAGUCCCGGAUUGCCCGGCCAAAUGCAAGCCGCCGUAUCAGAUUUACUUCUCCUGGGGCGCCGACAGCUCGCCCAUUAAUUUUUAUCUGGAAUUCACGAAGACGAGUGGCAAAUUCAAGGAACCUGUAUUUGAGAUUGGUAUCUCGGGACAUUAUCGAAGCUACGUCCACAAGCGGGACUCGCAAAGCGCUCGAUUUAUAAAACAAUUUCCAGAUUUUGUACACACCAUGGAAUGGCCGGCCUCCUAUGAUAGUUAUAUCUUUUAAAGUUAGUGAUUUUUAAUUUAGGAAUAAUAGCAAAAUAUAUGUAAAUAUGUAAACACCAAGGGAAUGCAAGCCAAGUGUCUUUACUU